GCGACAGCAGUGGAAGUUAAAACGUGCUGCAUGUGAAAUGGGCGGGCUAGUCUUUAUAUGAGAUUGGUACAGCCUAUUCCAAAAUUAAAUGGUCUGAGCCUGGACACAGUCUGCCAUGCACUUUAUUUACAGGCACGAGCGAUACACUAAAUCAUUUAUUUUUGAGAGAUCUUCACUGCACGGAAGCAGAUUUUAAAUUUGGUAGAAUUAUUAUGAUUUUCUUUUUUUGGGGGGCUGACAGACUAAGAGAGUUCAACUCACUACAGCACCACCAAUGAACAGUGAGAGAGACCUGCGCAUAUCGUCAGCAGCCGCUUCUCCAGCCUCAAGCUGAAAUUCGUCAGAGAUCACAGAGGAUUUUUUUUUCUCACCCAGUCCGGCAAUAAAAUAUAUUCUCAAAAGUUUGAGGAUAUAGCCGGCGGACACCGACUAUAUCCCGACUCGUCUGCUCAGUGAAAGGUCCUCAUAUUGCAACUAUGUGUGGACGGAGCAGGACGGCCAUUCUGUUUCUGUGGGCUGGCUUGCUUGUCACCAACAGCGUACUGGGUGGGAAAAGCUCUGGGCAGAACGGCAUGACAGAUGAACAGAAAGAUAACACAACAGUGUUCACCAAGAUCUUAGACAGUCUACUCGAUGGCUAUGACAAUCGCCUCAGGCCAGGACUAGGAGAGCGUGUAACCGAAGUCAAGACUGACAUUUUCGUGACUAGUAUUGGACCCGUUUCGGACCAUGAUAUGGAGUACACCAUCGACGUUUUCUUCAGACAGAGCUGGAAGGACGAGCGGUUAAAGUUCAAAGGGCCCAUGGCCGUGCUGCGUCUCAACAACCUGAUGGCCAGCAAGAUCUGGACCCCCGACACCUUCUUCCACAACGGCAAGAAGUCGGUGGCCCACAACAUGACCAUGCCCAACAAGCUGCUGCGAAUCACAGAGGAGGGCACACUGCUGUACACCAUGAGGCUUACGGUGAGAGCGGAAUGCCCCAUGCACCUGGAAGACUUCCCCAUGGAUGCCCACGCUUGUCCGCUGAAGUUCGGCAGCUAUGCCUACACUCAAGCAGAGGUGGUGUACGUGUGGACCAGAGGGGCUGCCCAGUCCGUGGUGGUAGCAGAAGACGGGUCCAGAUUAAACCAGUACGAUCUGAUGGGGCAGAGUGUGGAUUCUGGUGUGGUGCAGUCCAGUACAGGAGAGUAUGUUGUGAUGACAACCCACUUCCACCUGAAAAGGAAAAUUGGUUACUUUGUGAUCCAGACGUAUCUACCUUGCAUCAUGACAGUCAUCCUCUCCCAAGUGUCUUUCUGGCUCAACAGAGAGUCCGUCCCUGCCAGGACUGUCUUUGGAGUGACCACUGUCCUGACCAUGACCACACUCAGUAUCAGUGCCAGGAACUCUCUCCCUAAAGUGGCCUACGCCACGGCUAUGGACUGGUUCAUCGCCGUCUGCUACGCCUUCGUCUUCUCGGCCCUCAUCGAGUUUGCCACAGUCAACUACUUCACCAAGAGGGGCUACGCCUGGGAUGGAAAAAGUGUUGUGCCCGAAAAGCAAAAGAAGAAGAAGGAGUCCCUCCUCAAGAAGAACAACACUACCGCCUACCCAGCUGCCACUGCUACGGCCUUCGCCCCCAAUAUUGCCAGAGACCCUGGAUUGGCCACUAUUGCCAAAAGCGCCCCGGCACCCCCGACCGAGCCUAAGGAGGAGCCGAAGCCCAAACCUCCAGAGGCCAAGAAGACCUUUAACAGCGUGAGCAAGAUAGACAGGAUUGCCAGAAUAGCCUUCCCGCUGCUCUUUGGAACCUUUAACUUGGUCUACUGGGCAACCUACUUGAAUAAGAAGCCCAAGUUGCAGGGGAUGGGUCCACACUAAUCCUACCUUUCAUUCCUUUAAUAUUCUACUUGUCUAUUUUAUUUUUUAUUUUUUAAAUCCCUCUUAAAACAGGUGUUUUUUUUUUUCAUUUUUCAGACAAACAUGGUGUCCAUGCUGGUUUGAACUCCCAGUUGUUGCAUUGCUUCUAUGUUUAUCUAAAAGUUUGAAGAUUUUGAAAAAACUAAAUAGAGAAAAAAAGAGAAAGUUAGCUAUACAGACUUUUGAAAGGAUGUUGUUCAGGUCUUGGGUGAUGCUACUAAGAAAAUGCUACUUUAAAUAUAUAGCCAAGAGAAUGCUAUUCUACAACUCUACAUUGCCCAAACCUGUUAAUGGGCUUUUAUUUCUAUGUUUGUUUUCUUAUUUAUUUAUUUGUUAUCUUUUAUUUGACAAUGGAAUCACAGACACGGUAAAAAGGCACUUGUGUAUAUGCAUGGGCAGGGCAUCUUCUUAUGUGUUUAUUUAUUAAUCGAGAUACAGGUCCACACUGACCACACAUAGCUUAGUUCAUUUGAUAUCAGCGGCAUCAAGGCUACGCUCAUUCUUUGUUCGAUUUUGAAUUCUUUGUAGAUGUUUUGCGAGAUUAAU